AUGAAGAGGGUGGAGAAGCUGGAGAAGGAGGGGAAGGUGAAGGUGGAGAAGGAAGAGAAGGUGGAGGAGAAGAUGGGAGAAGGUGGUGAAGGAGAAGAAGGUGGAGGAGACAGAGCAGAAGGUGGAGGAGGAGAAGAAGGAGGAGGAGGUGGAGAAGUUGGAGGGGGAGAUGAAGGUGGAGGAGGAGGAGGUGGAGAAGGUGGAGGGGGAGAUGAAGGUGGAGAAGAAGGAGGAGGUGGAGAAGAAGCAGGAGAAAGUGGAGGAGAAUGUGAAGAAGGAGGAGGAUGA